GGUACAUGGUCUGAGGCAUCAAGGUACGACUUCGCUGCCAAGAUCGCAUACCGCAUAACGCUGCUACAUGGCAAGUGUCUGGAUAGACCGGUCGCUAAGUAUUGGUCAAACCAUUAUUUGAAGUCCUGAUAACUCGCACCAGCCUGAGAACCAUCACAUUGCAGAUAGCAAAGUGUUACUCGCUUUGUGCGCGUGGAAUAUAUACAGUUGCUGUCGGAGUUGAUUCAGCCAGCGAUAUUCAUGAAUGUCCUCCUCAACGCAUGUCCCACCGCAACCGAUCCGUCCUGACCUCAGGGGCAUUUACGCAGCAUUUUUUAUUGGGUCUAUCCUCACAGCAUCGCUGUUUGGUCUGACUAGCAUUCAAGCUUUUGUCUACUUUCGGACGCAUGCUGGUAGAUGGACAAAAUUUUAUAGGCUCAUCGUCUUGUUUCUUUGGAUACUCGAUGCUACGCAAACGACGUUGGUCGUCCAUUGCGUCUACUUUUAUUUGGUCACCAAACUCGCAAAUCCCUAUACGCUCAAAGAAGUUGUAUGGAGUUUUAGACUUCAGAUUGUGUUCAGCAUUCUCAUCGUCUGUGUGAUACAUAUACUGUAUGGUCACCGCAUAUGGAUAGUUGGCAGAGAUCGUGCAAGAGUUUUCCGCAUAAUACCAGGCAUAGUCAUCGUUCUAGGUUCAGGUGUUGCCAGCUUUCUGAUUUGGGUAACAUAUGAUCACGAUAUUUCGAAUGGAAUGUUUUUGACCAGGUGGACCGUUUUCACGGCUUUCGGCGUAGCUACUUUCCUCGAUGUGCUCAUUACAUCAUCGCUAUGGUAUCUCCUCGCUAGCUCCCGCACUGGGUUCUCUAACACGGAUUGCUUGAUCACAAAGCUGAUUUUUUAUACCAUCAAUAGUGGUUGUCUGACGAGUAUAUGUGCGUUGACAUCUAUAAUCAUAUGCGCAGUGAUCCCAUACAGCUCCAUCUUUUUCAGCCUUCAAUUUUUAGUAGCUAAACUCUACGUCAACUCGUACAUCGCACUUCUGAAUAUGGGAUACUACACGCAAUCAUCCAACGCAAGUCGCAUCAAUUCUUUCGCACUUCGUGAGCCCCAGAGAGACUCCAAUUAUUCCAAUCCCGGGCUGGACGAUCUGUCGCAGGAGAAAUUUCCAACAUUUCGGAGGAGCAUGCUCGCUCAUCCCGAAGUUGAAGUGGCGCCUCCCACUCGGCCCUUGAGAACUGCCAUGGUCAGUAGUUAUGUUACUAUAGUGCCAUAUGAGGAACUAAUGACACGCUCCAGUCACACCGGUCUAUUUUGGUGACGGUGCAGAAGGAGUCUUUCAUAGACAUGUAAAUGAAUUAUUUGUCCAUCUGGUCAUGAGACAGAAUCCCAAAAUCCUCGCUCCUUUGGGCAGGACGACGUUGGGAUCGAGCUGGGAACUUCGGAAUCAUCGUAUAGGCAUACAUGCGGAAGGGAGAUGUCGUAUUCUGUUCAUAUUCCACUUAUCAUGGUCAUUCUUGUCGAUGCCCUUUUUGUGAGGCAAUCAUUCAUCAUUAGCCUGAAGAAGUGUUCAUAAGGAUUGCAAAGGGGAGAUGCGAAAGGGCACCGGGGGUCCUGUAGAUUAGAAUGUAUUGUCCGACCAGGAGUGUGUGGUCGAGAAAUGCUUCAGGCCCUCAGGACUCCUG